AUGGCUCCGGCUCUGGGGGCGGCGGCGGCGGCGGCGCAGGCCCGGCGGCCCGGAGCCGGAGGCCCCGCCCCGCCCGCGCGCCGGGAACAAAGGCGCCCGCGCGCCCGUGGGGAGGACCCCCGCCCGCCGCGCCUGCGCCCCGCGACCCCCGGGCAGGCCCCAGGCGGGGGCGGGGCUCGAGGGCCGCGGGGGCGCGCGCCGCCCCCCGUCAGUCCGCCGGCUCCUCGGCCCCGCAGAGCGCCCCGCGCGGCGCCGGACACAGCCUGCCCGCCGCGGCCGGCCCCGGCACGCUGGCGGCCCCGCCCACAGGCUGCAGGCCCCGCGCCGGCCGUCAGUCGCACCCGCGCGGGAGGCCGCCCAGCCCGCUGUCCCGCACAGGCCCAACCGCAGCCCUUUCCUCAGCCCCGCGCCCCACCCCCGCGCCCGAAGCACCGCCCGCGCGACGCCGCGUUAGAGCUGUGGGGAUGUCGAGCGCCCCCCGGCCCGCCCGGCCUAGCCCAGUUACCUGGGCGGGCUGCCCGGCGGAGGGAGCCAGGCCAAGCCGGGCCGCCUUACACCCGCGGCGGCGGCGGCGACGGCGGCGGAGGCGGGUUCUCCGCGCGCCCUCCCGGGGGGGCGGGGCGGAGCCGCCUGCAGAUUGGCCGGCAGGCACUGAUGGACAGCAGGCAUGUCCCGCCCCCUCCCCUCUGUCCGCGCGGGGCUGGUCCGCAGGCCGCUGUUAAGACCGGCAGUCCCACAUCUGUCCCGCCCCUGCGGCCAGUGUGGCGCUCAAGGGUACCCCCAUUUGGACAAGUCCCCCGGGCCUAG